UUUGAAAGAGAGCUCUGGGUCGAUCGAGACGGUGCCUUCUCUCGAGCCCAACGCUAUUGAAGCAACGCCGCAAGGUUUUGUCCGCCCUCCGUUAGGACGACGGCUGAGUAUGAGUGAGCGUCUUUCCCAUGGCAACCUCAUCCAGAGCAUGAUCCGCGAGGACUCUGUGUCAAGGGACCUUGAAGCGAUUGGUGCUGCGCCGCCAAGCAGCGGCUACGAGACCGCAUCAGAGAAGCCAUAUUCGGAUAGCAUCUCAGAAGACCCCAAAAACCCAGCGUAUUACCGAGUGCUUUGGCGCUGGGCCAUCUGCCAUGUCGUCGCCAUGAUGCGUAUUCACGGUUUGGCGGGCGCCAACAAGCUCCUGACAUCGACCGCGCAGCCCACGGUGGCAUGUCGGGUCCGAAACGUGGAGGCGGCGCUCGAGACGAUGCAGACCGAGGUCAGCAAGGUCGAGGCCAACACGAUUGUCGUGCAGGACCUCCAUCGACUCGUCGAGACGCUGCAAACGACGGUCAAGAGUCAGCAGGCAGCGCUCGGGAUGCUCCAGCAGGCCCAGCUUCAGCUCCAAAAAACGCAACUCGAUCAAAUGAGCGACGUCGACGCCAAACUCGCGUGCGUUGCCUACAUGAUCUUGCUUGACAAGAGCUUCCAAUCACUGACAGCCGCCCAGGAUCGGCUUUUACAUGCCUUGGAGCGCGAGGUCGAGCGCGCAACAGAAGAGCUCCGAAAAAAGGCUGUGGAGCUUAAGGGCGGUGUCGACGCGGUCGCCGAGUCGUCGCAAAGUACGGCGCAACGACUCUAUCGGCUCGUUCAUUUUCUCGGUGACGCACUGCACCUCACGUUGGGGAGUGACUUGGAUGCCAACACCAACUUGCUCUCGGGUGUCCACGUGCUAGCGGCUAAAUUGCGCCACGAUAUUUCAGGGCUUCACCACAAGUUGAGUGCUUGGAGCCAAGUGCAUCCUGGGUCACCUAUCGACGAAGCCAUAGUCAAACUUGACGGUGGCAUGCGAGGUAUUGACGAUGCCAAGGACAAGGACAUGGAGCGACAUGUGCAUGGAAUACUACCAGCGCUGCACGCGAUCUUUCACGGCCUCAACGAGUCCGGCAAAGAGCCCGCGUUGACUCGCGUUGCCCAAGAGUUGCUUCUGCAAGCCCAAGCCUACGUCUCCAUCGCUCCUGUGCAUGUGCGGAUGCAAGGCAUUCAAGUCACGUUUGCGACUCACGACAAAGUAGACAAAGAGCUGCGUGCAACCGCAUCCGAGCACGCGACGGCGCUCACCGCUUUGGAACAACUCCAAACAGUGAUCAAGGCUAUCGGCAUCAAGCUCGACUACGUCGUCAACAACACUCAGACGAUGAUCAUCGAAGACGAUCUCAAGAGCGUCGUGAAUCAGCUUAACGCCGAGCGGACGCAAGUGCGCGAGCAGCUAGAGCUAGCGAUUCGCGAAGUCGGUGACCUAGCAGCCGAGCGCGAAGAAUCUAUCGAGCACGAGAUGUCGUCGCUUGUAACUCGGCUUGGGUCCAAACCCGACCGCCAAGAGCUCUCACGCGCGAAUCAAGCUCUGCAAGACGAGAUUAGUCGCCUCGCACAGUCGACCGCCUCGGUCGACGACGUCAACGAACUCGCGUCGUGCGUGCGUCUCAAGCCCGACGUUGCCCAGAUUCAGCGAUUUGUCAACAAGCGCCUUGCUACGCUCCAGACGCGAUCGAGCGAGAACCAUGAUGCGCCGCUGCUCAGUUCGAUGCCCGUGCGCUGCCUCUCGUGCCAAAACACUGUGCACGUCACAGAUGAGGCGCUGCAAAGGCCAUCUCGGGACAUUGUGGUACCCUUCUCGGCGUCGUCCGUCCGGCACGCGCAAAAGCAGCGCAUGGAGCUCUUUGCGAAAGGUAGUGCCGGUGAGAAACGCUCGAGCAAAAAAUGCCAAUAGCGACAUAACUGCGGCGAACGCUUGUAAUUGGACGUCAUUCGUUGUAUGCAA